ACUCCACUCUUCCCCUGCGCUGAUUGUCACACAUUGUUUACUACGGCUUGAAAUGUGACUCACAACAACACGGGCUUAUCUGCUGGAGGAGCGCGCUGACAACUGAGCGGGAUUCUGGUUCUGACGCGCGCCGUGCGUCUUGGUUAUUUUGGGGGGGGAAACACGCUGUGGAGACUAUACCCUUCUGCCAUGACAGUGGAUUUGUUUGCGCUUUUAUGCGUGCUGGUCAUCACAUCCUCCGCGAUGGAAGAGACUGUGAUGGACACUCGGGUGGCCACAGCUGAACUGGGCUGGACAGCAUAUCCUAACUCUGGGUGGGAGGAGGUGAGUGGAUAUGAUGAGAACCUGAACACCAUCAGGACCUACCAGGUGUGUAAUGUCUUUGAGCCCAGUCAAAACAACUGGCUCCUCACCACCUUUAUUGAUCGACGUGGAGCACAGCGCAUCUAUGUGGAAAUUCGAUUUACUGUGCGUGACUGCAGCUCCAUUCCCAAUGUCCCUGGCUCCUGCAAAGAGACAUUUAAUCUCUACUACUACGAAACCGACGCCAUCAUUGCCACUAAAGGCACGGCCUUCUGGAUGGAGGCCCCUUACCUGAAGGUGGACACAAUCGCGGCAGAUGAAAGCUUCUCACAGGUGGAUUUUGGUGGACGCCUGAUGAAAGUCAACACGGAGGUGCGAAGUUUCGGACCACUGUCUAAAAAUGGCUUCUACCUGGCCUUUCAGGACUACGGUGCCUGCAUGUCUCUGCUAUCAGUGCGAGUCUUCUAUAAGAAGUGUCCGAGUGUGGUACAGAAUUUUGCGAUCUUUCCUGAGACGAUGACAGGGGCUGAAAGCACCUCUCUGGUCAUCGCAAGAGGGAUCUGCAUCCCCAACUCGGAGGAAGUCGACGUGCCUAUAAAGCUCUACUGCAACGGGGAUGGAGAGUGGAUGGUUCCUAUUGGUAGCUGCACGUGCAAGGCCGGAUUUGAACCUGACAAUGGAAAUGUGUGUCGAGCAUGCCCACCAGGCACAUUCAAGUCAGCCCAGGGCCCUGGUUUGUGUCUACAGUGUCCUCCUAACAGCCGCUCCACAGCUGAGGCCGCCACCAUCUGCGUGUGCCGAAAUGGCUACUACCGCGGAGACGCCGAUCAACCGGAUGAACCCUGCACAAGUGUGCCGUCCAGCCCGAGGAACGUGAUCUCCAUUGUGAAUGAAACCUCCGUGAUCCUGGAGUGGCACGCUCCCAGGGAGACGGGCGGUCGCGAAGACGUCGUCUACAACAUAGUGUGUAAGAAGUGUCGGACUGACCGGCGCUCCUGCUCCCACUGUGACGACAACGUGGAUUUCAUCCCGCGACAGCUGGGUCUGACUGAGACCAGGGUGUUCAUAAGCAACCUCUUGGCUCACACUCUCUACAGCUUUGAGAUACAGGCUGUCAACGGAGUCAGUAAUAGGAGCCCAUAUCCCGCCCAGCACGUCUCCAUUGACAUUACUACAAAUCAGGCUGCUCCCUCCAUAGUUCCAAUCAUGCACCAGAUCAGCUCCACCAUGAGCAGCUUCACUCUGUCAUGGCCACAACCAGAACAGCCCAAUGGCAUCAUUCUGGACUAUGAACUGCGCUACUAUGAGAAGGACCAUGCAGAGAUUAACUCCACCAUCCUGCGGAGCCAAACUAACACCGCUCGCGUGGAGGGCCUUAGGCCGGGUACAGUCUAUGUUGUACAGGUGCGGGCACGGACUGUAGCUGGCUUUGGCAAAUAUAGCAGCAAGAUGUGCUUCCAAACCCUCACAGAUGAUGACUUCAAGUCAGAGCUGAGGGAGCAGCUUCCUCUGAUUGCAGGGUCAGCUGCAGCAGGAGUGGUCUUCAUUGUUUCCCUUGUUGCCAUCUCCAUCGUGUGCAGCAGGAAAAGGGCAUACACCAAGGAGGCCGUGUACUCUGACAAGUUGCAGCAUUACAGCACAGGAAGAGAACUCUCUUUGCGAGCCGACAUAUCUAACUGCCCCUCCCCACUGGGCUGCCCGACCCACUUCUCAGGCUCCCCGGGGAUGAAGAUCUACAUUGACCCCUUUACCUACGAAGACCCUAAUGAAGCUGUGCGGGAAUUCGCCAAGGAAAUUGACGUCUCCACUGUGAAGAUCGAGGAAGUCAUUGGUGCAGGUGAGUUCGGGGAGGUGUACAAGGGCCGCCUGAAGCUGCCUGGUAAAAGGGAAAUCUAUGUAGCGAUUAAGACCCUGAAGGCGGGCUACGUGGAUAAGCAGCGGCGGGACUUCCUGGCUGAGGCAUCAAUCAUGGGUCAGUUUGACCACCCAAACAUUAUCCGACUGGAGGGUGUUGUCACGAAGAGCCGCCCUGUCAUGAUCGUCACGGAGUUCAUGGAGAAUGGCGCUCUUGACUCUUUCCUCCGGCAAAAUGAUGGUCAGUUUACAGUGAUCCAGUUGGUGGGAAUGAUGCGCGGGAUCUCCGCCGGGAUGAAGUACCUCUCAGAAAUUAACUAUGUCCACCGUGACCUGGCUGCGAGAAACAUUUUAGUCAACAGCAACCUGGUGUGUAAAGUCUCUGACUUUGGCCUGUCACGGUACCUUCAGGAUGACACUUCUGAUCCCAGCUAUACCAGCUCUCUGGGUGGGAAGAUCCCAGUGAGGUGGACAGCACCAGAGGCCAUCGCUUACAGAAAGUUCACCUCGGCUAGUGACGUGUGGAGCUAUGGCAUUGUCAUGUGGGAAGUGAUGUCAUUUGGAGAGAGGCCUUACUGGGACAUGUCCAACCAAGAUGUGAUCAAUGCAAUUGAGCAGGACUACCGUCUGCCUCCGCCCAUGGACUGCCCCAGUGCCCUGCACCAGCUGAUGCUGGACUGUUGGCAGAAGGACCGCAACGUACGACCCCGCUUCACUGACAUCGUCAGCACUCUGGACAAGAUGAUCCGCAACCCCAACAGCCUCAAAGCUGUAGCCAACAUCCCUGCAGUGCCUUCUCAGCCACUGUUGGACAGAUCCAUACCUGACUUCAACACCUUCAGCUCAGUAGAGGACUGGCUCACUGCCAUAAAGAUGAGCCAGUACAGAGACAACUUCCUCAACUCAGGCUUUACCUCCCUGCAGCUGGUGGCUCAAAUGACCUCAGAAGAUCUGCUGAGAAUAGGCGUGACCUUGGCAGGCCACCAGAAGAAGAUACUCAGUAAUAUCCAGUCCAUGAGGGUGCAGAUGAGCCAGGCACCCAUCACGAUGGCAUGACUACAGGAGGCGCUGUGCCAGGGAACGGGCAGCAUUCGCAGGACCAACAACAGUGGCAGCCCUCGAAUGACCCCCACUUCACUGGAACGCGCCAGAGUCGAGACUAUUGUCUUAAUCUAAUUCACUACCAUGACAACAGGAGACCAGGGUCUACACUACCACAUUGUUCACAGCUAUCACUCUUCAUGUAAUGUACACAAGGAGUUCAGGGUCCAGACUCGAUACUGUUUAUCUACUCACCCACAAAAGGAGGGUAGACGUCAUCUGCUCUGGUUAACAGCCGUCCGUUCGUGUCAUCAUGAACCAAAAUAACCCCAACAAUCAGACAUCGACACAGGGAAACCUCUCGCAGUCCAUGAGUAUAAUGAUAUUGUACUUCUAUAGUAUUUGGACUAGAAGAUGUUAAAAUUGUAAAGAGAGAGACACUUUGAAGCAAUGUGUGAACUGUGAUAUAUAUAUUUUUUUUUUAUCCAUGCCGUUGUGUGCAAUGAAGAUGCCUUGACCUGGCCAAGAAUAAGUACCAGAGGAAAAAAGCAAUUACCAGUAGGAAUAACUGGAGGACGAACAAUACAGGGAUGUACAGUGGAGCGCCAUCUUUCACGUCACAUUUUGCUUGUUUAAAGAACUUGUUAAUGUAAUGAUCAAAAUUCGAGAGCUUAGUUAUACGUUGGUCUUCGACUGUCUGUUUUUUUUUGUUUUUUUUUUGUUGUUUGUUUUUAUCAUCAUUAUAGCAAGAUGCAGUCCAGUGGUAUUUUAACUUGAACACUACCUGUGGAGUCCUGGGUGGAAGGCCUUGCCAAAGGACUUCUCAGCCAGCCCCACCCAGAUUCAGAGAAUAUAAAUAUGUUUAUCUCUUGCUAAAUAUGAUUAUAUCUGUCAUAGUAAACCUUCAUAUUGAAGGUGAUAUGUAUGAAUAUGUAUGUAUAGAACUCUCUGCUUGCAUUUUUGGCAAAAAAAAACACGUUUGUUGAUUAGAUUGCAAUAGACACAUGCGAUGUGUAGAUUCCUGCGCUGCCCCGGUUCCCUUCAGAUGACAAAAUGAGAUGAAAAUGGACAAAGACAAUCCUGACUGAACCUGAAGUGAGGAAACUUGUAAAAGGAAUCGUGGGUGAACAAUUGGUAUUGUAGAUCUAUAUGAAAUUAACUGUAGGCUUUAAAUAAUUGACAGAAUAUCCAUUUAUUGGAGAUCAUGUUAAAUGUGGGUGUACACAUGCUGUUUCUUGCUGGUGAGCACUUACUUGUACAGAUAUGAUUUAUGUUUUUACUUUGUUUUUUGUUCGGGCUGGGAGUGUUCAGCACCACGCGGGGGGGGGUGGAAACUCGGCACAGCGGCCAGCUCGCAUCUACGGAUGCAGGCUUGCAGAUGUACACACAUAUAUAAACAGCAUUCACACAUGCACACACGCACAUAGUGGGCACCGUCAGCCGCCGAUGAAGAGGAAGACGAAGAUGAAAUGGGACCGUCCCAAAAUACCAGUCACAACCUCCCACUGUGGUACACAAAUGUGGAGCUGAAUGUCUUUUGUUUGUUUGUUUGUUUUUGUUUAAUUGUCUGUGUGUGAGACUGACUGGGCGUGUGUGUGUGUGUCUGUGUGCAUAGCAGGCACAUUAGUGUGUACAGACAUAUACUGUACGUGUGCAUAGGUACAUUGUUUAAGUGUGUGAAUGUUUUUUUUUGUUUUUGUUUCUGUAUAGGUACCACUUGUAAAUUGUGACACGUGUCAAGAGUUUGUAAACUGUAACUUUCUGAGAACUAUUGUACUAAAAUGCACCCAAUAAAAGUCAAAAAAACAAGUGAA